UGACAGCACUGUCCUCUACGCUCGUUUACCUAUACGUACCGUAACCUAUACGUUAUACCAAAGAUCAACAACGUGGUUAAGGUUCAAAUUCGAAUUUUUUCUUCUUCAGAAAUUGCAAUAAAAAAGAUGUUCUCAAAAAAUGAACAAAUCUCUGCAUUUGCAGUAUAUUCAAAAAGACGUAAAAAUUCAGACACUUCAUUACGGUUACAGAAAUUUCUAAAGAAACGCUCAAAUAUGGGGAAUAAAAAAACAAAAAGAACUGGCAAUAUAACAAAGAAAAAGAUAUCGAAAGCUAUUUCGAUUAAUAAAAGAAAGAGGAGUCCUACAAAUAAUUCUAAAUCCGCAACUCAUGAUACUACACUGACAAUAGAUGAGAUUAAUAAUAAAACGCCAAUGUUUACUAUAAAGGAUGAUGAAAAUAAGGAAGGAAGAUAUAUGAUAUUUAAUAGCGAUAACUUUUUCAGUAGUACAGAACGUUGUGCUUCUAUUUUUAAUACUACUAAUGAAACAAAUGACGGUCCAAUAUUUCAGACAGUUGAUAAUAAUAAUAGAUCAAAGAAAAAAUAUAUAAAACCAAAGAAACAGAAUAAAGGUGAUGAUAAUAAUGAUGAUGAUGAUGAUGAUGAUGAACCACAUGCGAUAGGACAUCAAUCACGUUUGACCGCUUCUAAUUUUAAUGAAUUAUUUAAAUUAAAUCCUGUAUUUCAAAGUUGUACGAUACUUGAAUGGCUUAUAAGUCCAUUAACUAUUAACAAAUUUUUUGUUAAUAUUUGGGAAAGAAAACCUGCACAUAUAAUAAGGUCUCGUGAAAAUUACUAUAAAGAUCUUAUGUCAACUCCUAUAUUUGACAAAAUGUUAAGAUAUAAUUGUAUAUUAUUUUCAAAGAAUAUUGAUAUUACUACAUAUGAAGAUGGUAUAAAAAUCGAUCAUAGUCCUGUAGGUCGUGCUUUACCUAACGUUGUUUGGGAUUAUUAUAGAAAUGGCUGUUCAGUGAGAAUGUUAAAUCCACAAACUUAUUUGCCUAGGAUUCAUAAAUUAAAUGCAACUCUUCAAGAAUAUUUUGGAAGUUUCGUUGGUGCCAAUAGUUAUUUGACACCACCUGGUUGUCAAGGAUUUGCACCGCAUUAUGAUGAUGUGGAAACAUUUAUUUUACAAAUUGAAGGAAAAAAAAGAUGGAAAUUAUAUUAUACGACAAAUGACAAAGGAAUAUUAGCUCGUUAUUCAUCAAAAGAUUUUAAACAUUCAGAAUUAGGUGAACCUUAUUUUGAUAAGGUGAUAACACCUGGAGAUAUGUUGUAUCUUCCACGUGGAACAAUUCAUGAAGCAAUAGCUGAUACGAAAUGUCACAGUUUGCACCUUACUUUGAGUGUUUAUCAAAGAAAUUCUUGGUGUGAUCUACUUGAUAAAUUGAUUCCAAAUGCACUUCAAAAAGCAGUUCAAGAAAAUUUUAUUUAUCGUGAAGGAUUACCUAUUGACUUUUGGAAACACUUUGGUAGUAUACAUGCUGGUGAAAAGUCUGAAGCACGAGAUUCUUAUGGAGCUAUUGUCAAAUGUUUGGUUGAUAAAAUUCAAAAUUAUAUAGAUAUCGAUCAAGCAAUGGAUGAAUUAUUCAAAAAUCAUAUACAUGAUUCAUUGCCACCGUCUCUUAUGAAAUAUGAACAGAAACGUACUGCCAUCUUGGAUGGAGAAAGAAUGAUCUCAGAAGGAGUUUUAAGUAACUGCGUUCAAUUGAAGUCUUCUACAAGUAUACGAAUAAUAAGAUCGCAUUGUGUAAGAUUGGUAAAAGAAAAAGAUGAAGAAUAUAGACUAUAUUAUUCGACCGAUAAUUCGAAAGAAUUUCAUGGAAACGAAUUGCAAUAUUUAGAAAUUGACGAUGUAUUUGUACCAGGUAUAAAAAAACUUUUGCUUGUAUAUCCUGAAUUUAUUAAAAUUAAAGACCUACCUAUUGACGAUGAAGAAUCUAGAUAUCAAGUAGCAAAGGAUCUUUGGGACAGAGGUAUAAUAAUGACUGAUGAACCUAUAGUUUCCGAAGAAAGUAAGAAAUGAUGAUUAAGCUCUAUUAGAACAAUUAUUCUUCUUUAUAUAUACAUACAUAUUUAAGAUGACGUUAAUAUUAUUAAUAGACACCAAUUCCAUGUAUUAACUUGGAUUUUUAUCAUAAAGACUGAUCAAACUAUUCUAUAAUUUGUGCAACAUAAGAAAAAUUAAUAAUUGAAAUAUAGUCAGAUUAAUGAAAGUGAAAGUCAUUAAAAAUGCUCAAAUUGUUGAAUAUUUCUCAUUGUCAUUUUUCC